AUGCGUCGCUUCUGGGGUCGCACUAGUACUUGUAAGUACAGGCACAGUGUAGUACUUGGCACAGGUCACUGUGCAAGAACAGCAACCGCAAGAACAGCGACCGCGAUUAGUUUCGGCCUGGACGCAGCAGAGGACAGUCUUCGCGCCUGGCUCGCUCAAUGCGACCGACUCAACAUCGACCCCAGAGACCCCCGUCGCAAGACUCCUGUAGGCCAUCUCCAGCUCCCCAAGUUCGUCAAAUUCCAUCUCCUCGACCCUGGCUCAGAUCGCGAUGAGAUCUUCUGGCAAGAUCCCUCGACCUUUACCCCCAGACGAGGCAGAAACGGCUAUGUCGAUUCCUGGGGCAUUUAUCCAAUGAAUACCCAGCGCCUUUACACCUCCGACAUUCCCCACCCAGAGAUCCAUUUCAUAAACGCCCUCAUCGAUAGAAAGCUUGCUCAGCUCUCCCAGCUCGAUAUCACCGACCUCUCUCGCCGUGACUUCACCCUCUAUCUCUCUCUACCCUUCAUCGACAAUCCAUAUGACCCCCGUUCAGAUCGUUAUUGGCGCCGUAUCCGUCUCUCUGCAGGCCUUCCUCUCUCCGUCUUUGCCGACAAGAUAAUCACUCCCCUCUGGGGCUGGGUCCGCAAUCUUCAUGCUCAUGCCUUUCACGACUACAAAGACGGCGCCCUUAUCGGUCCAAAGGACACCAAUGCCAUCGAUGCCUCCGUUCACCUCGAUAAAGCUGGUUAUGCUUAUAUUCCCGAGGAAGGUUUAGCAUCGCCCCCCUUCCUCCAAAAAGAAGGAGACGUCAUAGGCUACCAAUACGACUCUGGCGACAAUUGGUGGGUCGACAUCAAGCUCGAAGAGAUCGCACCCCGCGAUACAAGUACCGGCGCCGUCGUCGUACUCGAUGGUGCCGGAGGCUACCCUCCCGACGGCGAGUCCUCCGGCACCUUCUCCUGGGCGAUUCAAUUGCGGAAAGCGGCACAGUCCCCCGCCGGAAAACGCAAUGCUGUCAAAGUACUGUUCGGCGCUACCAACUAUCAGGACAAGAACCCCCCGCUCGACCCCCUCGAUUACGACUUUGAUGCGUUCGACCUCGGGGGCAUGCGCAAGGCCAUCCGCGAUGCACUCGACAGCAAGGGCAGCCUGCACUACGCCAGCAAGAAGUUCGUGACGCCGUUCGCCCCCAUGGAUGAGAUGAACAGCGACUCGAGUAUGCUCUCGAGGCUCGGGCGCACGGCCAGGAACAUGAAGAAGGGCACCGCCGUCUCGCAGACACCUGUUCCCGGACAUGGCGGCAUGUUCCUGGAGGAAGGCGUCAAGCUGACCAGGAAGGACAAGCCGACGAAUACCGCCUGCGCCAACUGCGGCACGCCCCACGAUCUCAAGGCAUGUUCACGGUGUGGACAGAGGUAUUAUUGCGGAAAGGACUCUCAGCGGGCUCAUUGGAAGGAAAGCCACAAGAUGAUAUGCGGGAAGAGCGCACAGAAAUAG